UACUGAUUAAAUGUGUUUGAAUUAGAGUGAAACGUAAAAUAAAAGUUAGCUGAACUUUGACGUUUGCACUGAAAAACUGUUUGUGUUAAACAUAAAUAUGAUCAGAUGGCGCUUAAUCGUGGUGUCCUGCUUCCUGCUUGGCGAUCCUUCGACGCAGUCCAGUCCCACUAACGUCGGCGAUGACUCCAGACUCCUUCCCGUUUCAGUGUCACAAGAGUGGCCUUUGGAAACGAUGCUGAAGGUAACCGCGAAGAAAGAACUGCGGGAAUUCGUCAUGAAUUUCCUUCUGGAUGAGAGGAUGUGCUCCUCCAAGGCGCUCUUCGAGGUGGUCGUCGGAGAGGAUAGCACAGACCUAGCUGGAUAUCAGUGGUGGAGCAGACAGUGUGGCUCCAAGAAAGACUUCGCGCUCCUCGGGUUCCCAGACUUCACUGACAUCACGUGGGCCAGGGAGCGGCGCGAUGCCAAUAAGGGAGGCGCCAAGCGAUACUAUGGAUUGUCCUCAAAAGAAUGGAGGAAACUUGAAAAACUUAUCAAGAAAAUGUGCUGCAAAGCCGUGAAGACGAUGGUGGAACUGCCGACGGAGGGCGACUCGAGAGUGCAGUUGAAGCCCUCCUGCGUCGCCGUCAGGAGGUGCUCAGGCUGCUGUGAUUCCCGGCUGUUCGAGUGCCGCCCGACCGAGAUCUCUGUGAAGACGUUUAAGGUCAUUGCUUUGGGGGGUUCGGAAAACGCGAGAAAAGUUCGAGUCGACGAACACAAAGCCUGCGAGUGUUCGUGCAGAGAGAGAGAAGAACACUGCAACAAAACCAUCCACUUCUACGACGCGGGGGCGUGUAGCUGCAAGUGCCGCUCCGAGAUGACGAACUGCUCGAACGGCAAGGUAUGGGACGAGAAACAGUGCGCGUGCGCGUGCAAGAAGGAGAGAACGUGUCGGGAGGGCAGGAGCUUCGACUCGAACUCUUGCAGGUGUCUGCGAACUUGACUUGGAACCAAACCGAUCUGCCCGGACUCUGCCGCUGGAGGAGUCGGCGAACAGAAAGACGAGUUCGUGUUAAGUUUGACUGCAACUUAGAAGGUGUAUUAGAGAGCACUGUAAAUAUGUUAUUGUCA